UGAACGCGACAAACACCAUGGCAGCUCAUGCUAGCGAGCUUGAGAUUGCAAAGAAAAAUUUAACUGACGCAAUUGGUGAUAAUGUCAAGCAUUAUUGGGCAAACCUGAAGCUAUGGUUCAAACAAAAGAUCAGCAAGGAGGAGUUUGACAUUGAGGCUCGUCGUCUGUUGGCACAGGAGAAUGUCCACGUUCACAAUGAUUUUCUCCUGGCCAUUCUCACACGAUGCCAGAUCAUCGUCUCCACACCAGAGGGCACAGGGCCAUUACAGUGGCAAGGUGGCUCUGCCUCAAAGCCUGGCAAACCAAAAGGCAAGAAGAAGUGUUCCUCAAGACAGAAAUUUGAUCAUCGUUUCCAGCCUCAGAACCCUCUGAGCGCCGCCCAGCCUUUCAGCCCACGGGAGGUGGGAGGUGAGGAGGAGGAGCUGCGUCUCAGCGCCCACACUCUGCUGCUGCCCACGCGGGGCCAGCUGGAGGCCCGCAUGAUGGUGACGGCCUUUGAGCUGGGCCUGGAUAACAUCACAGAAGAUGCUGUCAGCACCAUGAUCUAUGCUGUUGAGCACCACUUGAAAGACGUCCUGACUGCUGUAAUCACUCGGAGAAAGGCGUAUCGGCUACGAGAUGGUCAUUUCCCCUAUGCCUUUGGGAGUGAUGUCACGCCGCAGCCUUAUCUGAAGAACAGCCUGGCUGCUUACCACAGUGUCACUGAAUGUCCCCCUCCAAGUGCUUCCCUCCCUGCUGGCCCACCACCCCAAGUGUCUCCUGAUGAGGCAGAGCAACAAGCUGUUCACUUGCUGGCUUGUUCUGCUCACAUGCUCCCCGCGCCCCUCCCUCCUAUCAGCAUGUUUGAUCUCCUGGAGGCCUUACAGGUUCACCACGGUGUAAUGCCUUCCCACACGAUGUAUGCCCUGAACAUGGAGCGCAUCCUGUCCCGCCUCUGGCACCCCAGCCACGAAGAACUAGAGCAGGACCACGUACACCGGCAGCGCCUCGCUGCGAAAGACAGCAUGCUCGUCAGCUGAGAACCACCGACACAGGAACAAGUGUGAAGUGUGGAUAUCAUCAGGAACCAAACACAAAGAUAAUCCCCACAUGGAAAUGUGCUGGUGAACAGUGUGUCCAAAAAACUGAAUUCCUCUUUAAUAAUACAUGGAAAAUCACAGGCCCGCUGCACAAAAAGACAAAGCGUGAAUGGAGCAAGAUGAAACAAAAGCAGUUGGACAGUGGACAUCGAGUGGGCAGUCAACUCCAGCCACAAGCCAAUAGCUGGCAAAUUAGCACCGUUGCUGCUUUAUUUUUGUCAGUUCCACCAGCCAUUUUGGCAGGCAACCAACCGUCAUGUGGAACUUCUGUUAUAUAGCGAGAGUCUAAUUUGGUGAAAAAAAAAAUUAAAAUGUUUAGGAUAUAUCGGCAGCUUGCGAGCACCUGAAAGGAAAAAGCUUGUUCAUGUUGUUAGAUAUAAAAAAUAUCCUAAUACAGAACAGUUUAAUCUUAUUGGCAUUGUGUACAAGACCGGGUCGCAGCAUAGAAUUACGUACGGCCAUCGAACUGAACGCAUCAAUAAGAAUGAUAAAGAUGGAAAUUGUCCGGCCUUUACAGGUGCAACAGAAACGUCAAAGAAGUGAUAUCUGUGCAGGAUCCUGACACGAGGUCCAUUCAAGCAGCAAGUGAAGACACCUGUGCUGGUUUACUGUGGGUGUGAAGGCUCUAUAAAAUCUGUCUGACAGCUGUGUCACCACACCCCUCUUAAACAUAUCUCGACAUUGUCUGAAGUGUUCCUAAACCAUUUACCGACGUCUGCUUCAUGGCCAAUGAGUCCAUCAGCAUCGGCGGUCCAGAGUGUGUUUACAGACGAAGCUGAAUUUUUAAUGUCUCACUGCACUUGAAUAUCUGUUUGCUGUGCUUGUGUGCAGCAUCCAGUUCAGGUCGAAAUGUAUAUAAAUUUGUAUCUUUUUUUUCUACACAAAGCUUGUUUGUAAUUUAUAUCACAAACAGUAGUUCAAAAAGUAAAUAAAAAGGCUUUUUUUGUA